AUGGACGAAGGAAGAGGGGAAGGGCAGCUGGACGAAGACGAGGGGCUGCCACGACCAGACUUCGGUGCCACGCACGUGAACCAACGCGAGGAGCAAGAUGAGGGCGAGGAUUUCCCUGGAUAUGGGAGCAGUGGAAAUGGGAAGGUCAUCGAAAAGGAACCACCAUCGCCUCGCACGCACAUCUUGCGCACAUUUACGGCAGGCAAUGGCUAUUUGCCCAAGCCCCAGUUUAUGGCGCUCAUGCGUGACCUGGGGAUGAAAGAUGAGCAGGCAGAUCUCAUCGAUGACUUUACAGAUGAAGAAGGACGCGUUCCUCAAGCCGCGAUUGAGCAGUUCCUGGGGAUGUACGGUGAGGAGGGAGGCGAGAAUCUCGAAUCUGAUGGCGAGCUGGACGAGACGAACGAUGAUGGCGAAAGUCUAGAGGAUGGCGACGACAGCUUCCAAGGCAACAACCCGUACGAUCACCUCGUAGACACGAGCGAGGAGCUCGAUAGCUCCAUCGACCACUCUCUCGAAGACCCACCGGCCGCGGACGCCGGGGAGACCGAGCUGCAGCUUCGAGUCAAUACGUUGCUUCAAGCGAGCAAGAAGCUGGACGCCAAGAACAAGAAGCUCGAGGAGAAACUGAAGGGCGAGCGGGCCACCAGCAAGAGGGAGAUACUCAGGCUGCAGACGCGCGUCGCCAAGCUGAACGAGGACAAAGAAGAUCUGGAAGCCCAGCUCAAGGACAAUGUGACAGCGCUCGAGAACAAGAUCGACGUCUUGACCAAAACGACUGCCUAUCAAAAGAAACAGCUCAAGAUCCAUACUGAAGAGCGAAAGGAACUGACGAAGGCGAAAGAGCUGCUGCCCGAAAAAGAAGCCAAGAUCAACACCAUGGAGCAGGAGAUCAAAACGCUGAGGAACCAGCUCAAAGAAACGAACCAACUCAAAGAGGCCCUGAAAGCGAGCGAAGACGGCCUGGCAGAGCUCCAGCGGGAUCUCGAGGCCAGGCAGCAGGCGUGGGAGUUCGAGCGGCAGAAUCUCACUCGAGCCCUCGAACAGGCUAACGCCCUGGCCCAGCGCUCGUCGCUCCCUCAGAUGGACUCUAUGCCCCUCCUGCUGGACGCUCAGUCGCUUUCGGAUGAGCUUGUUGAGCUAGGCACACCAAUGGACGGCGAGAACGACGAUGGCGAUGUGGAAUCGCUGAUGGUCGUCUCCGGCGAUGGUGUCAAGGCCGAGGAUGAAGAGUCGCGUGGAAAGGGACCCACCAUCACACAGGCCGAGGCCGAUCGACAACGCGAGGAGUUGCUCGCGCAGGCGGGCGAGCGCGAACAGGAGCUGGAGCGGCAGCACAACUCGGAGCUGGCGAAGCUGCGCGAGGCAAUCAGCACCCUCGAGCAGAGUUGUGAAGAGCUGCGCGGGGAGGCAAGCGAAUGGGCGCGCAAGCACGACUCGGAGGUGGCCCGAUUGCGUGAAGAGAAGGAGGGCAUCGAGGAGCAGCUGAAGCACGCGCUGGGCGAGAUCGAGUCCAAGCGCGAGGAGAUCGACGAGCUGCGCCGGCAGGCGGGCGAACGGGAACGUGAGCACCGCGAGGAGCUAGAAAAACUCCAUGAGGACAAGAGUGCCAUCGAGACCGAACUGCGACAGAGCGCGGCCGACAGCGUCGAGCAACGCCGGAGGAUCGAUGAACUCGAGCAGCAGGCCAGCACCGAGGCUCUCGGCACCCAGGAGAUAUACAAGCUUAACGAGGAGAAGCGCGCGCUCGAGGCAAGCCUGGCGCAGGCCGAGAGCCAGAGCGCAGAACAGCGUGAGACGAUCGAAUCACUGCAGAGCCAGUACGAGAGGCUGCAACAGACGACGGCCGAGAAUGAACUGCGGCACGGCGAGGCGCUCACAAAGCUCCGCGAGGAGAGGGAGGCGCUCGAAGCUGAGCUGCGGGCCUCACUGGCCGAGGGCGAAGCGAAGCGCCAGGCGGUCGAAGAGCUGCUACGGGAGGCCGGUGAGCGGGAACGCCGGCUCAGCGACCAGCUCGCCACGCUGAACGAAAACAAGCGCGCCGUCGAAGCUGAACUGCAGUGCCUGAAAGAGUCGCUGGCCGAAGGCGACGAGCAGCGAAGUGGCGAGCUCGAAGGUUUACGUCAACGCGCGGAGGAGUGGGAGCGACGGCACGGCGAGGAGGCGGCCAAGCUGGCCCGACUGUCCGAGGAGCGGAGCGCCGCGGAGGCGGAACUGAACCACGCCCUGGCCGAGAGCGAGGCGACGGCGCGAGCGCUCGAUGAGAAGCUGCGACAGGCCGAGGAAAAGGCGGCCGAGGAGGAGGCGCGACUCAACGACGAGCGCGCGAAGCUGCACGACGCCAACGCCGCUCUCGAGACCGAACUACAGCGGCUUAAGGACGCCUCGGGCGACAGCGACGCGCAGCGGCAGGAGAUCGCUGCCCUGCAGCAGAGCUUCGACUCUCUGCAGCAGCAGGCGCGCAGCCAGGAGCAGCGACACUCCGAGGAGCUGGCCGAGCUGCUUCGGCAGAGAGACGCCAUCGAAGUCGAGCUGCGGCGGUCGCUGGCCGGCAGCGAGACGCGGCUCGCCGAGGUCGAGGCCGAGCUGCGGCAGGCGGGCGAGAGGGAGCGCGACCGAGAACGAGCGCACGCCGAAGAGCUGACUGAGUUGCGGACCGCCCAGGGCGCCAUGGAGGCCGAGCUGGAGCGACUACGCACGGACGCGGCCACGGCGUCGGUGACCCCGAACACGGAGGCCGGCGAGGACCACCCACACGCGGCGGAGAUCGUGUCUUUGCGCGACGAACUCGCCAGGCUGCACGACUCUAAGAGUGCCGCUGAAGCUGAGUUGAAGCGGUCCCUGGCCGAGUGCGAGCGGCAGCGCGAGGAGCUCGAGCGAGUCGGCGAGGCCCUCAGGCGCAGCGAGGCAGCCUAUGGCGAGGCGGAAGCCCGGUGGCGCGAGGAGACUGACGCUCUGCGCGAGCGGAACCAGGCCACGAGCGAGAGCCAGCUCCUCGAGCACGCCGUCGUCUCAGAAGCCCUGCGUGACGAGCUGGCUGCCCUUCGGCAGAGCGCCGCUGAGCAGCUUCUACAGGAACAGCAACAGCGAGCGGAGGCACGGACCCGAGUGGAGGAGGUAGAGGAGGAGCUGCACAAGGCGCGGCUGGAGCUCCAGGCCGCGCAGGAGGCGGCGCGUCAAGCCCUUCAACGUGCGGACGAGGCCGAGGCGGAGAGAGCUGCUGCUGCUGCUCUGCCUCAUCGGGUCGAUGACGACCACGGGGAGGAGGUGGCGGCGUUGCGUCGGGAGCGAAGAGCCCUCGGAGAGGAGCUCGAGCAGCUGAAGCAGGCCGUGGCCGAGAGCGAGGCCAGGUGCGAGCAGCUCAGCGGAGAGCUCGAGGCCAGCCGAGACCGAGCCGCCCGCGUCGAGGACGAGCUCCAGCAGCUCAAGCAGUCGCUGGCCGCAAGUGAGGCGCAGCUGCGCGGUGAGCUGGUCCGGGCGAACGAGGAGGAGCUGCAGCGGCUGAGCCAGGCCCUGUCCGAAAGCGAGCGGCAGUGCCGGGAGGCCGGGGCGCAGCUCGACGAGGCCAGCCAGGAGCGGGCGAGGCGCGAGGAGGAGCUGGGCCAGCGCCUCCGCGGCGAGUUUGCGCUGAGCGAGGGACGGCUCCAGGCUGAGAUUGAUCGGCUGCGUCGCUCGCUCGACGAAGCGAGCACGGCGAGGCAGGCACAGAGCGACGAGCUCGAGGCCAGCCAGCAGCGAGCCGCGCGCGCCGAAGGCGAACGCCAACGGCUGGAGCACGCGCUGGCCGAGAGCGACGCGCGGCGCAGGGAGCUUGGAGAGGAGCUCGAGGCCACCCAGGCACGGCGCCAGCGCGAAGCGGACGAGCUGCAGCGUCUGACCGCCGCCCUGGCCGACAGCGAGCAAAGGUGCACGGACCUCGAGCGCGUCAACGCAGAGUUGCAGCACAGGCCGGCCAUGUCCGACAACAAGGAGGAGCAAGAGUUGAUGAUGAUGAAGCGCGCCUUGGCCGACGGCGAACAGCAGCGGCGCGCGAUCGGCGACCAGCUCAAGGCCAGCCAGGCGCGGCUCGAGCGCGAAGCCGAGGAGACCAGGCGGCUCCAGCACGCACUCGCCGAGAGCGAGAAGCAGCAGCGGGCCAUCAGGGACCAGCUCGAGGUCGCCCAGGUCCGUCUGCGAGGAGACGCCGAGUCGCGACUCGCCCACGAGCUCGCCGCGGCGGCCAACUCUUUAGAGCUCGAUGCGGCGGCCGGGCCGAGCAAGGCCGAGGUGGAGGAGCUGCAGCUUCAGGUGAAGAGCUUGGAGGUGGAGCGCGACGGUCUGCUCGCGCUGUGCCGUGGCCUGUUUGCUCGCAAGCGUCAAGUGGUGGCCGCGGCUGUGGUCGGCGGUAGCCAACGACAAGGACCCGAUGAUGCCGGCGUGCUGGGCUUCUUCGUGACGGGCUCGUUGGUGCUUCUGGUUGUGUGCCUUCUGCUUCGGCUCUACCUCGCCGAGCAUUCCGACUUCAUCAGGCCCACCUGA